CGGGUCUCACGGGGUGGAGUCUGCGCUCCGGGUCGGGCUGCGGCUGCGGCUGCGGCGGCUGCACGUCCAGCUUCUGAGAGAAGGAGGCCGAGGCCUGGGCCAAGCCCGGAGCCGCCGCUUCCCGGAGCCUCCUGGAGCCCCCGCGCCGGCUCAGCCUGGGGGCGGGCUCAGGCCCGGCCCGCCGCCGAACCCAGGACAGAGGCUGCACGUCCGAGGACCAGGCCGGCGCAGCCAUGGAGGAGGCAUCUCCCUAUUCCUUACUUGAUAUCUGCUUGAAUUUCCUGACUACUCAUCUUGAGAAGUUCUGUUCAGCAAGACAAGAUGGAACAUUGUGUCUGCAGGAACCUGGAGUAUUCCCACAGGAGGUGGCUGAUCGACUGCUUCAGACUAUGGCUUUUCAUGGUCUACUGAAUGAUGGAACUGUAGGUAUUUUCAGGGGCAAUCAGAUGCGCUUAAAGCGUGCUUGCAUUCGCAAAGCCAAGAUCUCUGCUGUUGCUUUCCGGAAAGCCUUCUGCCAUCACAAGUUAGUGGAACUUGAUGCUACAGGUGUGAAUGCAGACAUCACGAUUACAGACAUAAUCACUGGGCUUGGCAGUAACAAAUGGAUCCAGCAAAAUCUCCAGUGCCUAGUGCUGAACUCGUUAACUCUUUCCCUCGAAGAUCCUUACGAGCGGUGCUUCAGCCGGCUUUCUGGCCUUCGAGCGUUAAGCAUCACCAAUGUUCUCUUUUACAAUGAAGACCUCGCUGAAGUUGCCUCAUUGCCAAGAUUAGAGAGCCUGGAUAUUUCUAACACCUCAAUCACAGACAUCACAGCUUUGCUGGCCUGCAAAGACCGACUCAAGUCUCUAACCAUGCACCACUUGAAGUGUUUAAAAAUGACAACUACCCAGAUACUGGAUGUUGUGCGGGAACUAAAACAUCUGAAUCAUCUUGACAUUUCAGAUGAUAAACAGUUUACAUCAGACAUAGCUCUUCGCCUACUAGAACAAAAAGACAUCCUACCCAACCUUGUCUCCCUGGAUGUUUCUGGGAGAAAGCAUGUGACAGAUAAAGCUGUUGAAGCCUUUAUACAACAACGGCCCAGCAUGCAGUUUGUAGGUUUGCUGGCCACUGAUGCAGGUUACUCUGAAUUCCUCACCGGUGAAGGACAUUUAAAGGUGUCUGGAGAAGCCAAUGAAACUCAGAUUGCAGAAGCAUUGAAGCGGUACAGCGAACGGGCAUUCUUUGUCCGGGAAGCUCUAUUUCACCUUUUUAGCCUGACUCAUGUGAUGGAAAAAACAAAGCCAGAAAUUUUAAAGCUUGUGGUUACUGGGAUGAGAAACCACCCUAUGAAUUUGCCAGUACAACUUGCAGCAAGCGCCUGUGUGUUUAACUUAACUAAGCAGGAUCUUGCUGCAGGAAUGCCUGUUCGACUCCUGGCUGAUGUGACUCAUUUGCUGCUCAAAGCCAUGGAACAUUUUCCCAAUCACCAGCAGUUACAGAAGAAUUGCCUCCUUUCACUUUGCAGUGACCGGAUCCUUCAAGAUGUUCCAUUCAACAGGUUUGAAGCAGCCAAGCUUGUCAUGCAGUGGCUGUGCAACCAUGAGGAUCAAAACAUGCAAAGAAUGGCUGUUGCUAUCAUUUCCAUCCUGGCUGCCAAGCUUUCAACAGAACAAACUGCGCAGCUUGGUGCUGAGCUCUUCAUUGUCAGGCAACUUCUGCAAAUAGUGAAGCAAAAAACCAAUCAAAAUUCAGUGGACACUACUUUGAAGUUUACUUUGAGUGCACUUUGGAACCUCACAGAUGAAUCUCCAACCACUUGCAGACAUUUUAUUGAAAACCAAGGGUUAGAACUCUUCAUGCGGGUUCUAGAGUCUUUCCCAACUGAGUCAUCCAUUCAACAGAAAGUCCUAGGACUUUUGAAUAAUAUAGCCGAAGUACAAGAAUUGCAUUCUGAAUUAAUGUGGAAGGAUUUUAUAGACCACAUCAGUAGCCUCUUACAUAGUGUUGAAGUUGAAGUCAGUUACUUCGCAGCUGGAAUCAUUGCCCAUUUAAUAUCUAGAGGUGAACAAGCUUGGACAUUGAGCCGUAGCCAGAGGAAUUCUCUUCUGGAUGAUCUGCAUUCAGCUAUUUUGAAAUGGCCAACUCCAGAGUGUGAGAUGGUGGCAUACAGGUCCUUUAAUCCAUUUUUCCCAUUACUUGGCUGUUUUACAACACCAGGAGUCCAGCUGUGGGCAGUUUGGGCCAUGCAACAUGUCUGCAGCAAGAAUCCUCAAGGUAUUGCAGCAUGCUGAUUGAGGAAGGAGGAUUGCAGCAUUUAUACAACAUCAAAGAACAUGAACAGACUGAUCCCCAUGUUCAAACAGAUCGCUGUGGCCAUUCUGGACAGCUUAGAAAAAACACAUUGUGCGCCAUGCAGACCACCUCCCUGUAAAAAGCAGCCCCAGGCUAGACUAAAUUGAUAGCCAUAGGUAGUUGGAUAAC